AUGCAGCUGGGAAACUAUCCUGGGAAGAAACUGGAUGAAUCCAUUCAACGUGGUGGAGGAUGCAAGGAUCCCAAGGAAACCACAGUCCAGCAGACAAGUCACAAUGAAGAGAAACCUUACAAAUGCUUUGACUGUGGGAAAAGUUUCCAUUUCAGUGCAAGCCUUAUUAAACAUUGGAGAACCCACACAGGGGAGAAGUUCUAUAAAUGUGUGGACUGUGGGAAAAGCUUCAGUGAGAAGUCAAACUUUAUUAUGCACCAGAGACUGCACAUAGGAAAGAAAUCCUAUAAAUGCCUGGAGUGCGGAAAAAGAUUUAGUCAGAGAUCACCGCUUAUGGCACAUCACAGAUCCCACACAGGAGAGAAGCCGUAUAAAUGCUUAGACUGUGGGAAAAGCUUCAGUAAGAAACCGUGUCUUCUUAUACACCAGAGACUGCACACAGGAGAGAGACCCUAUAAAUGCCUUGAGUGUGGGAAAAGUUUUAGCAAAUGUUCAUCCCUUAUUCAACAUGGGAGAAUCCACAUGGGGGAAAGACCCUAUGGAUGCCUUGAGUGUGGAAAAAGUUUCAAUUUGAAAUCAGCCCUUAAUAUACAUCAGAAAACCCACACAGGAGAGAAACCCCAUAAAUGCCUGGACUGUGGGAAAACUUUCAGUCAGCGCUCACACCUUACUCAGCAUAGGAAAAUCCACACAGGAGAGAGACCAUAUAAAUGCCUUCAGUGUGGGAAAAGUUUCAUUCAGCACUCAAACUUUAUUAGACAUCCAUGUCUGAAGACAAGAGAGACACGCUAUAAAUGCCUUCAGUGUGAAAAAGUUUUCAAUGCGCGAUCAGACCUUAUUAAACAUGAGAGAACCCACACCGGAGAGAAACCGUAUAAAUGCUUGGACUGUGGGAAAACUUUUGGUCAGAGCUCAUACCUUAUUAAACAUAGGAGAAUCCACACAGGAGAGAGACCUUAUAAAUGCCUUGAGUGUGGGAAAAGUUUUAUUCAGAAGUCACAUCAUACUAUACACCAGAGAGUUCACACAGGAGAUAGACCCUUUAAAUGCCUUGAGUGUGGGAAAAGUUUUAUUCAUAACUCAAAGCUUACUACACAUCAACGGACCCACACAGGAGAGAGACCUUAUAAAUGCCUGGAGUGUGGGAAAACUUUUAUUUAUAACUCAAAGCUUACUACACAUCAGAGAACCCACACAGGAGAGAGACCCUUUAAAUGCCUUGAGUGUGGGAAAAGUUUUAUUCAGAAGACACAUCUUACUAUACACCAGAGAGUUCAUACAGGAGAGAGACCCUUUAAAUGCCUUGAGUGUGGGAAAAGUUUUAUUCUUAACUCAAAGCUUACUAGACAUCAGAGAACCCACACAGGAGAGAGACCCUAUGGAUGCCUUGAGUGUGGGAAAAGUUUUAUGGAAAGUUCAUCCCUUAUUAAACAUGGGCGAAUUCACAUGUGAGAAAGACCCUAUAAAUGCCUCGAGUGUGGGAAAAGUUUCAGUUUGAAAUCAACCCUUAAUACACAUCAGAAAACCCACACAGGAGAGAAACCCCAGAAAUGCCUGGACUGUGGGAAAACUUUCAGUCAGCGCUCAGACCUUACUCAACAUGGGAGAAUCCACACAGGAGGGAGACACAUUAUAAAUGCCUUGACUGUGGGGAAAGCUUCAAUAAGAGCUCAGAGUUCAUCAAACAUCAGAAAAUCCACAAGGGUGAGAGACCCUAGGAAUAGCUUGACUGCAGGAAAAGAUUCAAUUUGACUUCACACAUCAGUGAUCGACACAACAGAGAGACCUUCAAUGUGGGGGAAUCUUCCAUUGGUGUUCCCGGAAUAUCAGGGAUCCACAAAUCCACACAGGGAAGAAAUAUUCUCAGUGUGGAAAAUGCUCCAAGUGGAACUGACAUCAAAGACUCCUCCGCAGAGCAGGGAAAUUCUCUGAGUGCCCUGACGAGGGCUGGCCCUGGUGACAAACCCAUUUCCUCAUUCCCACACACAUCAGGGGUGUUUGGCUCCCAAGGAUCCAGCUGCCCAUUGCUGGGGCGAGGAUACAGCAGCAGCCGAGAAUCAGCUGGUCAGUGACCCUCUGGCUCUGCCUGGUCUAAGCAAACCCCAGGCAGAGGAGGAGAAGCCCCCAUCAGCCCCUCCUCACUGCUGCAGCCUUGGCUACUGAGCUGAUGGGCCAAAGGUCGGGGAAGGAAGAGAGAGAAACUCCUCCAGAUGCUCCCUCUGCCUGGCUGAAGUUCUCUCCUCUCCCUUCCCUUCCCUUCCCAGAUGAGUUCCCCUUGUCAUGGAAAUGAGGAGAAGGACACUUGGGCCAGGCUCCACCUUCAUUCUAGACCCCUGUCCCCACCCCCCAUCUUCUACCAGCCCCUGGGCUGGGCUCCCCCACUUACCUGGGGCUGUUCCCUGCAGGGGGAAUGUCCCUGGGGGUUGGUAACUCCUCCCCUCCCCAAAUCCCCCAGGGCGCUGGGUUCUGGGGGAUCAAAUACCGAGGGACCAGGAGGAUGGGUUUUGGGGAGGGAACUGGGGAUUGAAUGGUUGGGGCUGGUGGAGCUGGGAAGCAGGAGGAUCUGGGUGCUGGGGUAUCGAGUGUUUGGGGCUCAUGAGAUAAGAGGCGAGGGAGAGAAUAAAGGUAGAGGGCUGCUGCCUCUCAUCACUCACCCCCUCUGCCCCUGCCCCCUCUGCAUUCAGACAGUGCCACUGAGAGGGACUGAUUCCCACAGGGCCUUUUGUGGGAGGCCUGGAGAUCCCACCUCUGCCUCCGCAGCAACUGUCUAUGGUAGGAAAUGUGGCUGGGAUUAGUCAGCACAUCUCUGUGACCCUUCACCAGAUUUCCUAGUGUAAACUCACCCUGAGCAUCUUAUGUGUAAGGCUAAGAUUUUGUCAUCAAUAUUUUUAGUACAAGUCACAGGCAGGUGAUGGGCAAUAAAG